UGAUCAGGCACAAAUACAUAGCUUCCACAAAACACAUGCUCGGGAACAACUCAUUGUGGGUUUGAUGUUCUGCAACUUUUCUAAGGGCGAAACAAACCACUGCUUUGCAUGAGGAAGCCUUGUGAGUGUGGUAAAAAUUUUCUAAAGGGACAGGAGUUAUGUCUAAGAUUUGUAUAUGAUGUUCUUAAUCCUAGUCAAUCACAUUGGUCAAAUGUAAACAAUGUAGAAACAAAUGCGCAGAAGGAGCCAAAAGAUGCUUCUGAAGUGCCUCUGGGGCCUAAAGCGGUCAGGAAGACAGACUAUGAUUCUGGGUUCAAGAACGGUUCUGAUGAUGAUGGUAUGAGUGGCAACAAGUGGAGGUUAGAACUUGCGUGGCUCACGAAAGCUCUUGAACCAGCAUUACAGUUGUGUAGGUGGGCUCUGCCAACUGGAACUGGAACUGGAAACAGUUCCCCUCCAACCAGUCGAUCUGUUUCAGAGAUCCUUGCAAGCAUUCAGUGCAGUAAGGUUGGAAUCCAGGAUUGGAGCCUGAGUGAUCUUACAAUAGGCUUAUAUCUUAUCUAUCUUCGUCAAGCAUCUGCAAAUCCAUUCGAAGAUGUUAAUGGCGUUCAGAUCUCCUCUGAUUUAAUAGUUCAAGACCUCAUCUACCAUAGCGAGUUAGCGAAAGGGGCUUAUAAAGAUAAUGUUGCUGGUCUUGCAAGAAACAGCAUGCUUCGAGAAAGAAACAUUGUGAAAUAUGUUAAGAAGUCCAGUGUAAUGAGGCCUGGAUAUUAUAUAGGGAUUGAUACUCGGAAAAAGCUUGUAGUUCUAGGUAUUCGUGGUACUCAUACUAUUUAUGACCUUAUCACGGACAUUGUUACUUCAAGUGAUGGAGAAGUCACAUUUGAAGGCUAUUCAACACAUUUUGGUACAGCAGAAGCUGCUCGCUGGUUUCUCAGCCAUGAGAUAGCAACCAUAAGGAAGUGCUUGGAUAAGCAUGAGGGAUUUAGGUUAAGGCUUGUUGGUCAUUCUCUUGGAGGUGCUACAGCUUCUUUACUAGCAAUAAUGCUUCGUAAGAAGUCAUCCAAGGAGCUGGGUUUUAGCCCUGAUAUCAUUUCUGCAAUUGGAUAUGCAACUCCACCUUGUGUCUCUAGAGAACUUGCGGAAAGCUGUGCCGAUUAUGUCACAACUGUUGUAAUGCAGGAUGAUAUAAUUCCUAGGUUAAGUGUAGCUGCUCUAAUGAGGUUGAGGAAUGAAAUUGUUCAAACUGAUUGGGUGAGUGUCAUAGAUAAGGAAGACUGGAAAAAUGUGCUAGGUUUGGUUACAAAUGCAAAGCAGGUGGUGUCUUCUGUACAAGAUGUAGCCCGUAAGCUUGCUGAUUAUGCCAAGUUCAGGAGCAAGACAAAUUCUUGUGACCUUUCGAUGAGAAAGGAAUUAUCUGCUGCUUCCACACCUGGUUCAACAUUCAACCCAGAAGUAGCAAGUUCUAUUCUCCCAGAUAAGGAUGGAAGUGUCUGGAAAAAGCCUGAGGAAUUGUUUGUACCAGGGACCCUGUAUUAUCUAAAGAGAAAUAUUGACACUCAAAACGGCGAAUGCAGGAAAGAUAAUAGUGAAGGUGGGGAAUUUUUCACAUUAUGGAAGAGGCAUCCGGGCGAGCAUUUCCAGCGGAUAGUGCUCUCGAGCAACUUGUUUUCAGACCAUAAAUGCGAUAAUCAUUAUUAUGCUCUCAGAGAUGUACUCAAAGGUUUGCCAAGAUCAGCUGAUGAUUUUUUUCCCAGAUGAAAGAAUGCCUAUUAUUUUUACUUUUUUCAUUUAAUUAUUGUAAAUUAUUAAUAAUUUUGAUAUUUAAACUUUUUCAAUCAUUUUUAUAAAUUUUAGAGAAAAA